GCGUCUUUCUACCGCAAUGCGCGCGGCUCUUCCAUGCCUUCUCAUGGCGCUCGCGCUCCUCGCUCACUGCGCUGAGGCCGCUCCAUGCAGCUCCUCAGAUGUCAGCAUAGUGCAGGACUCGGCAUACACUGACAUGGCGACCACUUUUAUCCCAACCCGCGCGGGAGUGGAAGAGGACAAGACCGCUGUGUUCAUCACCAACUUCAGGUUGUUUUGCAAGUCUGAGCAAGUCAAGGAUGUGAAUGUGAAGGCCUCUGUGUCCUUCCGCUCCGGCUCGGGAUCCUACACCGUCCAGCCCAAGCUGUCCAACGUUGCUGUUCUCAAGGACGAGUCUGGAUCUUAUCAGGUCUCCUUCACCAUCCCUGAGAGGAGCAUGCAGUCUGGGGAGUACAAGGUUGAUGUUUUCUUCGUCGGAGAAUCAUCCCCGGCCGCUUCCAUCUCUCUCUUUCACAGCGUGCCAAUCAUCUCGGGAAGACACAUGGAGUUCUUGGCCACCAUUGUUCUGUUCUUCCAGGCUUAUUACAUCUCUGGACAAUUCAAGACUUCGCAGUAAAUUCAAUGAAACAAUUGACCCUUUUCAAGUAAACUCAAGUUGUAUAU